AUGAGCAGCGACAACUUGAAUCCCACGACUAUCCUGAGCAGCAGCAUCACCCGAAGAUUGGUUAACACCGACAAUGGCGACGAGAGCAUAUUCUCACAGACCAACGUCGCCGUUUGGGUCUUGAUGUCCGCGUCGGCCAUGUUCCUAUUUAUGCGUCUGUGGUGCAGGCAUCAUUUCUCUAAGUGGUGGUAUGACGAUGGGGUAUUAACUAUUACUUGGAUGAUCCUCCUCACAGCAGCAGCCCUCAUCAGCGCCGCUAUUAGCGUGGGCUACCACACCGACGACGCCAAGCGCACCUUCUUCCUCUACCAGAACAUCUCGACGUCCCUCACGACCAUCGGCACGGCAUGGACAAAAGUUGCCUUUGCGUUGACGCUGAUGCGGAUCAUGCGUAACAUUUACCUGCGCUAUGUCCUGUACUUUGUCAUCGUGACUGUCAAUCUGGUGUUGGUCCUCGGAAUGCUGUCCAUCUGGAUCCCUGCAUGUACCGACCCGAGGAAACAUCUUCGUCCGCAGCAUGAUUUGUGUUUCGAUCAUAUGAAUUUGAUGUACCUUGGGGGGACGACCAUGGUGUACGGCGGGUUGAUUGAUGUUUUGCUCGCUCUCUUCCCCUGGUUCAUCAUCCACAGGCUCCUGCUCGAAACCCGCGAGAAGCUCGGUCUCAGUUUUGCUAUGAGUUUAGGCUUCAUCAGCGGGAUGAUAGUCAUUCUUCGGACAUUUUUCCAGUUCAAAAGGAUUGAUAACAACUACCACUACCUCGCCUUCCUCGCGAUAUUCAACUUCCUCGAGCCCUGCGUAAACAUCAUCGCCCAAACCACCCCCCAACUCCGCGUUUUCUGCCAUCGAUACAAACAAGCUUAA